AUGGUUGACAAGAUAAUGGAAGACAUUGUGGAACAAGGUGGGAUAAACACGGCAAGUCCUCCCAUAGAAGAACAAAACAAAGUCAACAAGAAACAAGCGUGCAAAUACCGGAAAUCUUGUUAUGAAACUGGUAUAAAGCCAGUUGUCGAUGACAAUUCAAUCUUUAACUUUCGCCAUUGGUGGCCUGAAAAAAAUGGAGGAGAUAAAGAUAAAGAAGACGAGGUGAAGCUCUAUAAUGAAAAUGAAAACCUCCCACUCCUCAAGCUUCGCUGCAAAUAUCGCCGCUCUUGCUAUCAAGAACAUGGGAUACCAUUUAAAGACAAAUUUGAGGAAGAAAGAAAGAAACCUGUUUUAGCAUAUAAGACAGUUCCCUUACAGCAUGGAAAGAAGAAAACUCUGAAAGAAAUUGCGGCGGAAGCACUGAAGAAGGUGGAAGAAUCUAUAGAGAAAGCAGCAAAGCGUCCUUUGGUGAAGAUCGUGGAGAAACAGAUGACUGCUAUGGAAGAGAAACUCAGCGAAAAACUCCACUGCAAGUACCGAAAGAGUUGUUAUGAAACCGGUGAAAUACCACAUAUUGAGGAAAACUGGUCGCUACCAUUACCAAUCAAGAUAUUCUCAACCGAAUCGGUUGAUUCCGAAAAUAAUCAAAUAAAUUUCGAUGAGCUAGAACAACUUGAGAAGAAACUCUACUGCAAAUAUCGUAAAAGCUGUUACGAGACUGGCGUCAAGCCCGAUGUUGAACCAGAGAUCUUUAUUAACACUUUGAAAGAUCUCACCACCAUUUAUCAGCAGGUUGAAACAAGAAAACCAUCUUUGCAGGAAAAAUGUAAAUACAGGAAAUCCUGCUACGAGACUGGAAUAGUCCCUGACAUCAACCCGAAAUUAGAAGCAGUGAUAAGUAAAGAAGUGAGCAGUGUGAUUCCAACGAAUACGCAAGACUUGAGACUGCUUUGCAAAUACAGAAAGUCGUGCUACGCCGAGGUCCACAGUUCAGCAACCGUGGAAACGAUCAAAUUAUUAAGAAAAAGACGUCAGAUAGAGAAGGAAUUACGGCGGCGGAAAGCUGCACGUAUGAAACCUCAUCGAAAAUUACGUGGUGAAGUACAGUUGGGUCAUCACCGGAAAGCAGUCGGUAAAAAAACACUGGAUGAAAGCAUAGACGAUGUGAAAGAAAGAAAUGUCAAACCUUUGAAAAUAUCAGACAAAAGAAAAGCCCGCAAACAAGAAGAAGGUGAGCAGGAAGAAGAUGUCGAAAUAAAGGAACGACCUGACAGUGAAAGCAAAAAGGGGAAGGUAAAAAAGUCGAAACCCCAGAUUAAACAGUCAGAUCAACCCUUAGCAACAAAAUCAAAGGAAGCGAGUCCGGUAAAAAAAGAAAGAAAAGGAAAGAAAGUGAAACUUGAGAAAGAGGCAUCAACAGCGACACCUACUAUGGGAAGUAAGGAAGAAACAGAUGUGACGGAUUUCUCCAAAAAAGAAGCAAAACCAGCAAUACCGUCACCACUGAAAACAGAAUUACAUGUGCCAGAGGAGCAGGAUACUGAAAGGGAAAGUAUAGGAGACGACAAAAAAGGGAAAAGAUUUGGUAAAGCUGUCCAAACAAUGAGCAAACUGAUUGAAGAGAUGCAACAGCAACAAGAGCAGCAGAAAAGAAAGGAAUUUUGCAAAUACCGCAAAUCCUGUUAUGAAACAGGAAAGCGACCAGAAAUCAAGCAGUCAUUUUACAAUCUUCUCGAGAUGUUCAAAGACCAUGUGGAUCGAGAAACUGAUGAGGCCCAUGUCAAACCAAAAACGGAAACCGAAAAGAAGCUUGACUGCAAGUAUAGAAAAACGUGCUAUAGAACUGGCGAAUACCCGGGUACACAUGAAGUAAAAAGCGGAGAAGUGAAGAGCAUACAUUUGGAUACAAAAGCCAGUCAUAGCAUCAAAGCAGAAGAGGGCUUCAAAUAUGACGCGAAAAGUAAUGACAGUGCUAGAAUAUCGCCAAAGGAGCCACGAUUCCAUACAGAACAGCAAACACAAUCAGACUCGGUGAACAUGAUCGGUUUAGAACGCUAUAAGAGAAGUGGAAAGUGCAGCCCCUACUAUUAUUCCUGCCGUGAAAUACUCGGACUUCCGCCAAAAGAACGAGCCCCAAUUGGGCCAAAUGGGAGACGACUUUGUCGUAAGAAACCGUUGUCAUCCGCAUAA